CUCCAGCCUCGCCGCCAUCCCCCGCUUUGGGGUGCGGACGGACCAGGAGGAGCUGCUGGCCAAGGAGCUGGAGGACACCAACAAGUGGGGACUCAACGUGUUUAAAGUCGCCGAGUAUUCGGGCAACCGCCCACUGACGGUCAUCAUGUACAGCAUCUUCCAGGAGCGUGACCUGAUGAAGACCUUCCGCAUCCCCGUCAACACCUUCAUCACCUACAUGCUGACGCUGGAGGACCACUACCACGCUGACGUGGCCUACCACAACAACAUCCACGCCGCCGACGUGGCUCAGUCCACCCACGUCCUCCUCUCCACGCCCGCGCUGGAGGCUGUCUUCACAGAUCUGGAGAUCAUGGCUGCCAUCUUUGCCAGCGCCAUCCAUGAUGUUGACCACCCCGGUGUCUCCAACCAGUUCCUCAUCAACACCAACUCGGAGCUGGCGUUGAUGUACAAUGACGCCUCGGUGCUGGAGAACCACCACCUGGCCGUGGGCUUCAAGCUUCUCCAGGAGGAGAACUGCGACAUCUUCCAAAACCUGAGCAAGAAGCAGAGGCAGUCGCUCCGUAAAAUGGCCAUCGACAUGGUGCUGGCCACGGACAUGUCCAAGCACAUGAAUCUGCUGGCGGAUUUGAAAACUAUGGUGGAGACCAAGAAGGUGACCAGCCUGGGGGUGCUGCUGCUGGACAACUACUCUGACCGGAUCCAGGUUCUGCAGAACAUGGUGCACUGCGCCGACCUCAGCAACCCCACAAAGCCACUGGAGCUCUACCGGCAGUGGACCGACCGCAUCAUGGUGGAGUUCUUCCGCCAAGGUGACUGGGAGCGGGAGAAGGGGAUGGAGAUCAGCCCCAUGUGCGACAAGCACACCGCCUCCGUGGAGAAGUCGCAGGUGGGCUUCAUCGACUUCAUCGCCCACCCGCUGUGGGAGACGUGGGCCGAUCUGGUGCACCCCGAUGCCCAGGAGAUCCUGGACACGCUGGAGGACAACCGGGAAUGGUACCAGAGCAUGAUCCCGCGCAGCCCGUCCCCACCGCCCGAGGGACCCGGAGUGUCCCCCGGCACCACCGACAAGUACCAGUGCGAGCUGACGCUGGAGGAGGAGGAGGAGGGUGAGUUGGACACGGAGCCAGAGGGGGCCGAGAGCCCCUUGGAUGAGGACAACAGUGGCUCCAAGACACCAGCCACAGACGACUCAGAGUUGGCCGACACCGAGCACCUGUCACCUGACCCUGGGGACCAGGACUCGCCUGUCACCCACCCCAGGGACAUGGACAACCGGCGGGUGCUGGAGGGGACGCUGCCGAAGGACCAGGGUGGUGGCGGGUGCUCGGUGCCGGGGCCCGAGGGCAGCCAGGGGCUGUGCCUGGACACGGAGGGCAACGUCACAUUCCUGCCCCAUGGCACGUAGCAGCACUGACCGGUGGGUCCCCUCUCUGCUGCGGGGACAGGGGGCUGGGUGCUGCCCCGGCGAGUGCUGGGGGCAGCGGAGAGCUGGCAGGGGGCUGGCAGUGGAGACCACCAGCACCACCAGGACGCAGAGGAACCCAAAAGCACGUCCCCAUGCGGGAGCUGGGCAGGUCCUGAUGGGCACGAGGACGCUGCUCGCCCUCUCCCAGUGACUGUCCCCUGCUCUCACCCCGCAGCCCCAUGUACAGCUGCUGGGAAACAUCCCUGUCCCCUUUGGACAGGGCUUGGGGACACUGUGCUCCUGCCCCAUCCCAGUCCUGGGGACACCAUGCCCCACAGGCCUCCAGGAAGAGGAUCCCCACAGGGCCAGGCACAGCCAAAAGCAUUUUGCCAUCUCCCCGGGUGGCCCCGCACAGAACAGCCCCAUGGCGGGACAGCGAGGUGGGCAAAGGGUGCUGGUGACAGCCCCCAGCACGAGGGACCUCGGCAUGGCCAGGCACCGGGGCAUGGCACGGGCACGAGUCAGUGAUUUAUUUAUUUGGGGACAGGUUCACUUUUUAAAGCCUUUUGUAGCUCACUUUUUAAUACAAGCCUCACCUCGGCGCACUCACACGCGUUCCUGGGGCAGAAAGACACGUUUCUGCUCUGUGCCAACACUCGAAAUGCUGUGUUUGUACUUUGCACUUCAGGCCCUGACAGGUGCUGCAACCCCCGGGGCAGCCCCCAGGGUCCUUCUUCAGUUUCUUCCUUCACCUUCCAGAAAUUAAACCUGGUUUGUUCCUGCCCCCCCCCAAAAAA